AUCCAUUCUCACUCUCAUCUUAUACAUUCAUUUAUACAAUGCCUGAAAUUGAAGGAUCUCCGGGAAGCUCCAUGCAUGGAGUAACCGGAAGAGAACAAACCUUCAUAUCCUCCGUCUCAUCCCCAAUGGUUCCCACCGACACCACGGCCAACUUCGCCUUGCCCGUGGAUUCAGAGCACAAGGCCAAAGUCUUCAAGAUCUUCUCCUUAGCCAAUCCUCACAUGACAACCUUCCACUUGUCAUGGAUAUCAUUCUUUACUUGCUUCGUCUCUACCUUCGCCGCCGCCCCUCUCGUCCCCAUAAUCCGGGACAACCUAAACCUAACCAAGGUAGACAUCGGCAACGCCGGUGUUGCCUCUGUCUCGGGAAGCAUAUUCUCGAGGCUCACAAUGGGUGCAGUUUGCGACCUCUUAGGGCCGCGAUACGGCUGCGCAUUCCUUAUCAUGUUAACCGCGCCGACUGUAUUCUGCAUGUCGUUUGUUAACGGCGCUGCAGGAUACAUAGCGGUGCGGUUCAUGAUAGGGUUUUCGCUUGCAACAUUCGUGUCGUGCCAGUAUUGGAUGAGUACAAUGUUUAAUAGUAAGAUCAUAGGGUUUGUGAAUGGAACUGCGGCGGGGUGGGGGAACAUGGGUGGCGGAGCCACCCAGUUGAUAAUGCCAUUGGUUUAUGAGGUGAUUAGGAAAGCUGGGUCAACUCCAUUCACUGCAUGGAGGAUUGCGUUCUUUGUCCCCGGUUUCUUGCAUGUUAUAAUGGGGAUCAUGGUGUUAACCCUAGGACAAGAUUUGCCUGAUGGUAACCUUGGUAGCUUGCAAAAGAAGGGGGAUGUUUCCAAAGACAAAUUCUCAAAGGUGUUGUGGUAUGCCAUCACAAAUUACAGGACAUGGGUCUUUGCCCUUUUGUAUGGUUACUCCAUGGGAGUUGAACUUACCACUGACAACGUAAUUGCCGAAUAUUUCUAUGACAGGUUUAAUCUGAAGCUACACACAGCUGGAAUGAUAGCAGCAACAUUUGGAAUGGCAAACAUCAUAGCACGGCCAUUUGGUGGAUACACAUCUGAUGUUGCAGCCCGGUUGUUUGGUAUGAGGGGCAGGCUUUGGGCCCUAUGGAUCCUUCAAAGCCUUGGCGGUGUGUUCUGCAUAUGGCUGGGGCGGGCCAACUCUCUGCCAAUAGCCAUCGUGGCGAUGAUUCUCUUCUCCGUGGGAGCACAAGCCGCAUGCGGCGCAACCUUCGGCAUCGUCCCCUUCAUCUCAAGAAGAUCCCUUGGAAUCAUCUCAGGGCUCACCGGUGCAGGGGGCAACUUCGGUUCAGGAUUGACUCAGCUGGUUUUCUUCUCAACGAACCGGUUCUCGACGUCGGCCGGGCUGUCGUUGAUGGGUGGCAUGAUUGUGGCAUGCACUUUGCCGGUGACACUGGUUCAUUUUCCUCAAUGGGGUAGCAUGUUUUUCCCUGCUUCAAAAGAUGCAGAGAAAUGCACUGAAGAAUACUAUUACACUUCUGAAUGGAAUGAAGAAGAGAAGCAGAAGGGUUUGCACCAAGGAAGUCUUAAGUUUGCUGAGAAUAGCAGAUCUGAGAGAGGAAAGCGUGUUGCAUCUGCACCAACUCCACCCAACACAACCCCUACCCAUGAUAAUAAUAAUGUCUAAUAAUAAUAAUAAUCAACCAAUUCAAGUUGAAGAAUCUCAGGUUCUUUUUUAUUUGAUAAAGUUUGGGUGUAAGGGAAUCUGUUUUUUAGAUUAGGUGCUUCAAUUUGUGGUGCAAGCAUAUGAGAUAUAAUAUGUAUUAAAAAUAAGUUGAGAACUCACCUUAUGCAGUUAAUUUGAUAUGAAA